CCACAAAUAAGUGGAGCCAGCAUAGGAAACACCGGCACGAUCAGCGGUAGCCACAACCCUGUCAUUGUUGGUCCAAGUGCAGUUCAUAUCACUUACAACAAGCCGUCGGAGGAACGCGAAAUCACCGGACUCCAGGGGCCGGGUACAGCAGAUAACCUGCUGAAAUUACUAGAUUUCGAAAACAAAUUCCGUCAUCAGUUGAAGCAGAUUGGAGAAGGCAAUGUUUUUGAAAUGGAAUACCUGCUGAGAACUUGUUGCAGUAGAUCAAGGCAGGCUGCUGGUCUCAUUCUGGAUCACAUACGAGAGAUGCAAGGUGAUGAGGAGGAACUGCAGAGAUUGGCUCGGUUACUGUUGUGGGAGUCUGGUUCAGAAGAGUUGGCUACCAAACUAGUCAGACCAACUUUGGUAAAGUGCAAGAGUAACGAAGACCUGAAAUCACUGAGCUACUUUUCACAGCAUGUCACUCCACCACUUGAAGGUACAUAUUUUUACAUGCAUGUAAGAAAGCUGGAGCUUACCCUUCUCAAGGGAAUUCUUCUGAGUGACAGCAUGGAGUCAGCUGGGCUGAUAUCGGUUAACUACUACUUGUCUGAGCAGGAGGAGGAGGAGCUUAGCCUCCUUGAGGAAACACUUGGUGUGGUGGAUGAACAGCACCAUGCUCAAUUAUACAUUGGGGCAAAGUCAUGGUUUGAUGUGGGGCGUGUAUCACACAGCUUUUUCCGCAUGCAGGAACAAAUAGGCGGGCUUGGUUUGGGUAUGUUCCAACGAUCACUGGAUGAGGUUGUUGAUUUAUUGAAGGCACUGGAAGGAUGCAGGUUGGGGCAUCUCUCACUGUGUGGCACCGACCUGCAUGCACGGAUGGGAGAUGUCAGCCACAUCCUGUCAUCCUUUACAGUCUUGCAGCUCCGUGCAUGCAGGUUGGUAGAUGAUGACGUGAAGGACCUGAUCAGCAUCUUUCCUGCUGGGCAUGGUUUAGUAGUGCUUGACCUUGAUGACAAUGCAUUCAGUUUGGAUGCAGUGAGGGCUCUCACCCGUCAUCUCCAAGGUCUCCUUGAGUUACGUGUGUUGUCACUUUGUAACAUCGGCCUCGAUGCUGAGCUCGUCAGACAAGUUGUCAGUCAAGACCUCUCUCACCUGAAGGAAACAGCAAAGGGAGAUUUCCGAGUCUAAAUAAUCUCCCACCAAGUCAUAACUCUCACCCUGUUCCCUAUGAAUGCACCACGCUCACGAGACACAUUCAAUUGAAACAAGUAGCUCGUAUUAUGGGUCAUGUUAUGUAAAAUCAAUGCUCUGCAACCCCCUCCCCCCCCCCAAA